UUCCCCAUAACUUCACUGUUUAAUUAUUCUCCCACUUUAGGGUUUUGUAAUCAUUCUCUUUCCUCUCUCUCUCUCUUCUGGUACUGGGUUUUUUUUUCUUUUUUUCUUUUACAAUAAAUUUUUAAUUUUUAUUUUUUGAUGGAAGAAGAGCAGUACAACCCUCAUGGUGAUAGCUCUAGGGGGGGAAAUUUCUUGUACACAUCAGUGCCCGUCCUCGCCACUAAUUCUUCUUCUCCUGCGGGCAAUUUCGUAAUUAGACCCUCCUCUUCUUCAAAUGGAGGCUCCAGUAGUAAUAAUAAUAAUAAUAAUAAUGCUAAUUUUGGGAACCAUCCGAUGGCCGUGGUUGGCAAUCUCUCCGCCGAUUGUUUUCAGCCGUCCGAUCAAGAUUACCGACUUGUGAAAGUGGAGCCUGCUGGUUCUCAGUCCCAACGACAACAAGUUCAUGACUUUCAUUACCAUCUAAUGAGAGAGUUCCAAAUCGGCGGUGGCGGCGGCCAGCCGCAGAAGGAAAACGACGUCGUCUCUAUGAAAGCUAGGAUUGUCUCUCACGCUCAAUUCUCCAACCUCCUCCAAGCUUUCUUGGAUUGUCAAAAGGUCGGAGCUCCGCCGGAGGUGGCGGCGCAGCUGGCUUCAGUACGCGAGGAAUUUGAGGAGCGGCGGCGAUCUUCAAUGGCGUCCACCGGUGGUUCAAGUGACCCAGAACUGGAUCACUUCAUGGAAGCUUAUUAUGGGAUGUUGGUGAAGUAUAGAGAGGAGCUAACGAGGCCAAUUCAAGAAGCAGCAGAUUUUAUGCACAGAAUUGAAUCUCAGCUCAAUACUCUCUGUAAUGGCUCCUUUCAAAUCUCACAAUCUGGAGGCAGAAAAGUUGGCGCUGGCGGAAUCGACUGGGCUGGACCAGAAACAGAUAAAUAAUUGGUUCAUAAACCAGAGGAAAAGGCACUGGAAGCCGUCUGAGGAGGUGCAGUUCAUGGGGAUGGAAGGGUUUUACCAUCCCAAUGCAGCGUUUUACUUUGAUGGCCAUUAUAUGGGAGACGCCCAUUAUCGUUUGGGUCCAUGAGGGGCUUUCAAAACAGGCUCAUUUUAGUACCUGUAUUCAUGGUAUGGAUUAUGGAAUAUAUCUAUAUAUAUAUUUUUCUUUCCGAGUCCAACAAUAGGAUUCGAGUUUUCGAUAUUUUGGUCAAGAUCUUUAAUAAUAUAUAUGUAUUAACUAGUUCAUU